CUUACCCUCACCCUCACCUGACCCUCUCAUCCCGCGCAAACCGCGCUAUCACAAGCCAUCCCCACACAGUACGGAGUUUUGUGUCGACAUCAACAGAAUGACAACCCACCCGCUCGCCUACCGCACCGCCCAAGCCAUCGGCUUCAGUGGCGCCGCGUGGCUGUCAGGAAAUAUAGCCUCCCUAUCUCUCCUCACCGUUCCCGCCCUCCUCCGCAGCAGCACUACUACCACCACCAACACAAAAUCCAUCCCGCUGAACCUCAUAAUUAAGACAUGGCAUCAAAUCUACGAGUCCGGCAAGGCCCAGAACCCACCUAUCGCAGCAGCCACCGCCACCGCGUUCGUCUACCUCGCCUGGACGGUCUCCCGCGCCGUCGAACCCCCGCAGUUGCUGCAGCGGUUGAGCAACAGUACCAGCACCGUAAGUCCGGCGGCGUGGUACGCUGCAGCGGCGGGAUUGGUGCUGAGUAUCGUGCCGUUCACUGCUGUGGUGAUGCAGGGGACGAAUGCUGCGCUGAUUCGGUUGUCGGAGUCGCCGGCAGAGUUGACGGCGCAGGAGGAGAUGGAGAGUCGCGAGUUGCUGAAGCGGUGGGGGUGGUUGAAUGGGGCGAGGAGUAUUUUGCCGUUGGCAGGGGGAUUAGUUGGUAUUGCGGCGGCUUGUGUUUGAUUUAUAUCCCCCCCCGAGGACUGAAAUUUGUUGGAUAUGAAGUAUUGUAUCAUAUGAUAUGUGAUUCUGCAUAGGCU